AUGGCUGCCUCUUUCGGUUCCCUCUUCGAAAUCGAGAGCUCUGCCCAACUGGCCAGUCCACCAGCUGCAGUACGCAAGGACAAGCAAGGUGCUGCCCCAGUACCAUCAGACUAUGAAUUGAACGAACUUCAACCAACGGCUUCCACACGAGGGAAUCAAGAACAGUCUUCUUCCACGCCAACUCCCAGCGUGCUGGAGAACCGUCUACCAUCCCCCAUCCAAGCUGAAGAUACAACCACCACAUUUGCGGCUGACCGCACUACACCGCCACCAAAGACCAAAUGGCGGCUACUGAGCUGCUGUCUGGUCCAAUUCGGGAAUGGCAUGAAUGACAGUGCUCCCGGUGCUCUGAUUCCGUACAUGGAACGGCACUACAGCAUCGGAUAUGCCGUGGUCUCGCUCAUCUUUGUGACCAAUGCCCUGGGCUUUAUCCUCGCCGCCCCGCUCACACACACGAUCGAGAGCAAACUCGGACGCUCGCGAAGCUAUGCGCUGGCUCUGUCCCUUUCCGUGACGGCAUACGUGAUUAUCGUCUGCCAGCCGCCCUUCCCUGCAGUGGUGGCCAGCUUCCUCUUGUUGGGCUUCGGCCAGGCCUUCAACCUGGCUCUCAGCAAUGUCUUCUGCGCCAAUCUCUCUAAUUUUACGACGGCAUUGGGCUGUUUGCAUGGCUCCUACGGCAUUGGAGGCACCGUGGCGCCGUUGUUUGCAACGGCAAUGGUGUCGAGCGGGAUUCGCUGGUCGUUCUUCUACAGUAUCGCCCUGGCCAUGGCCGCAGUCAACCUGCUCUUUUCCGCAUGGUCAUUCUACAACUACGAAAAAGACACCCCGAUCGAGCCGCAGAUGGCACUUCAGCCCACAGCCUCCCGUCCCGAAGGUGCCGGUGGCGAGCCUCUGACUCGGCUCCAGGUCGUCCUGAAAUCCAUCAAGAACCGCACCACGCUGCUCGGGGCGCUAUUCAUCUUCGCCUACCAAGGGGCCGAGGUCUCCGUCUCGGGCUGGGUCGUUUCUUUCCUAAUCAGCUACCGCCACGGCGACCCGAAGCACGUCGGCUACGUGAGCGCGGGUUUCUGGGCAGGCAUCACGGCCGGCCGGUUCGUGUUGACGCAUCCGGCACACAGAAUCGGCGAAAAGAUCGCCGUGGUGAUCAUGGUGGCUGGCGCCGUCGCCUUCCAGCUGAUGACCUGGCUCAUCCCCAACGUGAUCGGCGAGGCCGUCACCGUCGCCAUCCUUGGCCUGCUCCUGGGGCCCGUCUAUCCCUGCGCCACGACAGUUUUUACCAAACUACUCCCCCGGAGCAUGCACAUGUCCAGCCUGAGCUUUGUCAGCGCCCUCGGCAGCAGCGGCGGUGCCGUGUCGCCAUUCUUGACCGGUCUGCUGGCGCAAAAGGUGGGCACUAUGGUCCUGCACCCGAUCUGUAUUGGAUUGUAUGGAGUGAUGGCUACCAGUUGGCUUCUGCUGCCCAAAAUUUCCAAGCGAUCCGAGUAA